UUCAGGAACCCAUUCCACAGUUUGCAGCCAGCUAGCAGGCUAGCAGGAUAGCGCUGAGGCUAGACUGUUUAGCACGGCAUCCAAUAUCAUGGAUGAAAAAAGGAAUCGUCUAACUGCAGAGAGCAGAAAUGCUCAUAUUCCUCAAGAAGAACCUGCCGAUGUACAAAUUGCACUUGGAGCCAAACAACGUCACCAAAAUACCGCGUUCAAGACCGAAAAUAAGUCAUUUGAAUGCUUUGGAUUUCACUGACGCCCCCAUAGAAGUGGACAGAAUCAGUCCUCACCUGAGCACUACAGAUGUGGAGGUAAGACGGUUAUAUGCUCUUCAAAUAUGUGGUGACAUGUUAUUUGACACUGCUCCUUACUACAUGGUUCUUGUUUCUGUUAACUUUCUGGUUGUGCAAUCUCUUCUUCAUCCUAUGCAGACCACAUCUCCAUCUGGCCACUCUGAGCCUUCUCCGCACCAUCUACCUCAGGCUUUGGAACUCACCAGUGACCACAAUGAAUUAGAGAACAGAAACUGUCCUCUCCUGAGCGCUGCGGAUGUUGAGCUAACAUCUCCAUCGGGUGACUUUCUCCCAAAUUCUGAGCUGCAACCAAGAGACGUGGAGUCCUCACCUGAAAAGAGUGUUUAUGGAUGCUGUUCAAAUCUGGAAGAUCUUGGAGAGAUGACAGGUUUUAACGAAAAUAUGGACUCAUGUCAGCUAAUGUCAGCAGCUACAACAAUAAAAGCUGAAGCACUGAUCAUGAUAAUGAGUCAUGCAGCAAGGCACAAUAUAACAGGAACACAAAGAUAAGCCUAUAGCUAUGCUAAUGAGAAUACAGUUUCACCAAAAUAGUGGCAUAAUUGUAUAGAUAUAAACCAAACUCAUAUACACAAUUAUUACUAUUUCCCUAAAGUAGUAUACUAUCAACAAUAUAUGAACAGUCUUACUCCAGCACUAGCCUGAUUAAAAUGAUGAGACGGGACACUAAGAUAAAUUUAAUUUUCUUUAACGUGGGUUCUUUAUUUCCCCCGACUGCACUCCUGGAGCACAGCCUUAAUGUGUCAAAUGAAGGAGACACUUAGGACAGUGUACAACAAAUAACCAAUUGCUUUUCUUUACUAAACUAGAACAGUAUGACAUAGAAUAGAGCUGACAGUCACAUAAAAAAACAACCGUAGUAACCCCCUCCUGUUAAACAGCGACAAAGAACAUACACAUCGGUCUGCUCAACACUCACACCAGUGUCGUUUGUCCAAAAGGCAAGAAAACAAUUAACUCACUCGAGUGCCUGUGUGCACGGCUCCAUACACGUGCGCCCUCCACCCACGGCAGCUUGUUACGAAGCAGACGCGCAUAACCCAAGAACAUACACUUAGUUAACAAUCAAGCACAAUUUACAUAGUGAGUUUAUUAAUGCACACUUACGCUGACCCGCUGAACAAGUACUUCCCUAGCGCUGUCUUGAUGCUAAACGCGAAUACUGGGUUGUCGUCAGUAGCCCGUUCUGCAGCUCCAAAUCCCACAUGAACUCAUUGCCAUGUACUUAAAGUGACAGUACGCCCUCACCCUGUAUGCAGACCAUCUAGCAGUACGAAAACCUCCCUGGCCCCACUUCACCCGGCUACAAUAAGAUGGGUCAUUAAAGAAUUAUUGGUUGCACCGUCAUUUUGUGUCCUGGCUGAAAGAACACGCUUAUCAAUGAAACACAAAAUCUACAGUGCAUAUUAGCGGACAAAUUCACUCUGGAGCUAGUUAGUCACAAUAGCUCUAAGCUGGCUUUCUCAGUUUGCGGAGGUGUGGGGGGUGGACCAGAGUCCAUUCCGGGUCAGUCCAUUCUAUCACUACGGGUUGGCGAAAGUAGGACUCAAACGGGCUCUCUUUUCAGCCAAACACAAGGUAUGUAACCUGAGUGGAGCAAAUUCAUUCCCACACGAGCUGCAAAAAGACACUCUGUCUGCCUCAACAUUUGGACUGAAAUAAACUCAUUCUAACUCAUUACUCAGGCGGGACUGCAUGUGCUUCCCCAUGGGGAGCAUUUAUUGUGAGUGUGCAGGCUGUCACUGGCAGACGUCCUCAUUCAAAUAGCCUGGUAUAACUGGCUAAGCACAGACUUCUAGGAAAAUUCCCCUCACAGGGUGUAUGUGUGUUUAUUUUUGUGACGUACAGUAGACUAAGGCACGAUAGGCCUGCAUGUUUACAAGCUCCAGUAAGACACGAAUCAUAUGAUAUCAUGAUUGUGCUGCUACAUGACUACAUUCAUCACAUUUUAUAAAUAAACGCUGCAUAAUAUUAAACAGUAUGCAUAUUUAAAAUAAAAUAUUAGUGUCACAGUA